UUAAGUGAUUUAGAAUUUAGAACACAGGCCCGGGGGCAGGCGAGCCGCGGCGAAGGGCACCCUGGUGGAAAGCGGACGCCAGGCGCUGUGGCAAGGGAGAGGGACGAGCUGCCCUUCGUUGUCAGCCAGGAGCGAGGACACGGCGACGCUCCCAUCUGGCUGCCCGCGAUCACUCGGCGGCCGACAUGUCAGCCGCUGGCGCCCGAGGCCUGCGGGCCACCUACCACCGGCUCCUGGAUAAAGUGGAGCUGAUGCUGCCCGAGAAAUUGAGACCAUUGUACAACCAGCCGGCAGGUCCCCGCACAGUUUUCUUCUGGGCUCCAAUUAUGAAAUGGGGAUUGGUGUGUGCUGGAUUGGCUGACAUGGCAAGACCUGCAGAAAAACUCAGCACAGCUCAGUCUGCUGUUUUGAUGGCUACAGGGUUUAUUUGGUCAAGAUACUCCCUCGUAAUUAUUCCAAAAAAUUGGAGUCUAUUUGCUGUUAAUUUCUUUGUGGGGGCAGCAGGAGCCUCUCAACUCUUUCGCAUUUGGAGAUAUAACCAAGAACUAAAAGCUAAAGCAAACCAAUAAAAGAGUUCCUGACCACCUGAACAAUCUAAA